UGGAAAAGGCUUUUUUGGACUUCAAUAUUUUGUCGGGAAAGUGGUGUCGAUCGAGGGACGUGUCGGCCAAGUGGUGUCGACCAAGUGAUUGUCUGCCAAUUGCACGCGACCCAUCGCUGAGGGCGACCAAUUUAAUAAAACCCUAUCAUCCCGCCAAAAAGCAGUAAGAAUCAAUAAGUGUAACAUACUCUCUCUUAUAAAGUAUCUGUGCCAUUAUUUAGAAGAAGUUGAUCUGUUUUAGAUCAAUCAAAACAAGCUAAUGAUUGAUCUAAAACAGACUAAUAGAUCAAUUGAUACCAUAAAUCAUAAACAAAUGAAAUGAAAAUGUGCACUGCCGUCUAAAAUAUGACAAUAAACGAUGAUUACCCUUCUAUCGUAUCUAAUGUGACAGGCGUAGCAAUAAAAUGUUUAAAGUGACAUUUAUAAUCUGACUCUCUAGUAAAAUAAGAGCGAUCAUUUUAUUCGUUUAAAAACAGUAGUUGUUUUCACCAACUUCAGCACAGUGAUUGCGCAAUGGUCUACAUCAUUAGUAAUGAAUACAUGGCCAUAGCACAAGAGAAAGAGUCUUUCUCUUGUGCUGUGGGCAUGUAUUGGAGCACUUAUGGAGUCCAAAAGUCGAAGGAAAUUCGGAAAUAAAUAGAUAUGUUCUAAGAACAUAUUCAUUUCUUACAAAUAUGUUGGUAGUCUUUCGUCCCAUCUCUAGUUUCGUAACAUGUACCGUGCGUAAGAGACUCAAAAUGGCGGUGACUGAUGGAAGUUUAUGUAGAGCAGUAAGAAAUAACUUUAUAUAUUGAAACCAAGAUUUCAGUUGUUGUCGGUCGAUUUCUCGUAAAGUUCGAUUGAGAAUGGCAUAAAAACUUUGCGAUGAUAUAUCCCAUUCGAGUGUAUAUAGAUGAAUCGACAGAAUCAGAAUAUCUAGCAUAAAAAACUAACUUACAGCUUACAGCUACUGAGUCAUUUUGCGAUAAGCCAUCUGCAGGCUUUUCUGAAUUACAUAUUGCAAUCCAAAAGCGCUGUGAUAAGUCCUGGCCGAGUCCAUGUAAAGGUUGACAACCUUCUUCUAGCGAUACUAAAGAUUCUGUUUCAUAGCCUUUUAUUGGUCGUAACCAGGGAUCCUAGAGCGUCUGAUUUUGGCAGAAAAAUUCUGAUUUUUGGAACUUUUUCUGCCUUGUUUCUGCUCUUUUUUAUUCUGAUUUUGAUGCUUUAAAUUUGAUAUCCCUGACCGUAACAUUUGUUCAGAUAUAUCAUGAACUGACAUCAGAAAACGAGGAUUAGCUUCAUUUUGUGAAGCCAUUGCUAAAAGAGAAAAUUUUCUUUAGAUAUUAUCUUUUUUAUUCGUCUGUCGUAUAUUUCAUUGUCUUCCUUAUCUUCGUUUAUCACUAUCUUCUUUGUUAGAACUUCUGACUAAACUAGUAACAGUCUUGUUAUAGUUUCUGCCAACAUUCUCUGCUCUCCCUUUUUUUUGUUUUAAAAAUUACUCGAGGGGUCUUAGCUUAUCAAAACUCAGAUUCGCUCAAGUGGUUUUGUUCUUUACAGUAAAUUUUCUCAAAGAGAGGUCAGCAUGGAAGAUAUGUGAUAUCAAAACCAGUUAUUGAAAGACCCACUAUGAACCUUUACUUGAAUACAUUUUUGUAGUGCCAGAUUGUAGAUCACGUCGAAUUCUCUACGUGACGAACUUUUCAGAACGAACGAACAAGUUUUUGCAGAGAUACAAAACUUUUACUUUCCAAUUUAGUAGGGAACUCGAAUAUUUCAUGUUGUUAUACUCCAUACAAUUCAAAACAAUCGAUGAUAACGAAUUUAAUUUAAAACUUUAUAAGAAUUUAGGAAUGGCUUAUUUAUAUAUGAAACAAUAUCAAUUGGCAAUAAAAUAUACUAUGGAUGCCAAUAAUUUAGCUAGUAAAAACAAUAAUGUCAAUAUAAAUAAUAUAGCAAAUUUUCUAUUUCAUAUUGGAAUGGUGUAGAUGAAACAAGGUAACAAUGAUCUUGCACUUGAUUAUUUUCAGCAAUCAAUAAAAAAAGUAAUUCAGAAAGAUUUUCAUACUCUAUUAUCUUGUCAUUAUAAUAUGGAAGAAACAUAUUAUUUUAAAGAAAUUACUGGCGUGAUAUAUACUUCAAUAGCAGAUAUUUAUGUUUGUAUAAAUAAUUUUAAUAAAGCAUUAGAGUAUUGUUUAAAAGUCUUAAAAACAUAUCAAGGAUUUUUACCUGUUAAUCAUCAAAGUUCGAAUUUUGAUUCAUCAUCCUAUCUGCCUAAUUUUUCGAUGGAUUACAAUAGUAGUUUUUACAUUCCUGAUUUUGGCAACAAUCGUAUUUUGAAAUGGAAUGUUGGAGCUGCAACUGGUCAAAUUAUUGGUCCUAAUGGUGAUUCUGGGAAGGGAUCAAAUCAAUUGUGA